AUGGCCGAAGUCGAGACGCGCCACCUAGGCGAACGAUCGCCGAACGAAGUUCCCGUUCCUCGCUCUCCCCGUCGCGAUCCUGAUCGUGGUCAACGUCGCGAUGGUGGUGAUACGUAUAGACCUGCGCGCGACCGCGGCCGUCGCUCACCUCCCCGACAACGUUCGCCACCUCGUCAGCGCACGCCGCCCAAGAUGCCCACCGAGGAGGAGAAGCAGGCGGCAGCAAAGGCCGGAUACCAGAAGCUUUUAGGUAUGCGAUCGGGAGGAACAUAUAUCCCUCCUGCACGUCUGCGAGCGCUACAGGCCCAGAUCACGGAUAAGACAAGCAAGGAAUAUCAGCGGAUGGCUUGGGAGGCGUUAAAGAAGAGUAUUAACGGCCUUAUCAAUAAGGUCAACGUCUCCAACAUUAAGCAUAUCGUUCCGGAAUUGUUCCAGGAGAAUUUAGUCAGGGGACGGGGACUCUUUUGCAGAAGCAUCAUGAAGGCGCAAGCGGCAAGUUUGCCAUUUACCCCGGUUCUGGCAGCCAUGGCGGCUAUCGUCAACACGAAGUUACCGCAGGUUGGUGAACUGCUUGUUAAGAGAUUGGUCGUACAAUUCAGGAAAGCGUUCAAGCGGAAUGAUAAGGCGGUGUGCUUAUCAUCGACUACGUUCAUUGCGCAUCUGGUCAACCAACAGGUAGUUCACGAAAUGUUGGCUGCUCAGAUGCUAAUAUUGCUAUUACAAAAACCGACGGAUGACAGCGUAGAAAUUGCCGUUGGUCUAACGAAGGAAGUGGGACAGCAUCUGGAAGACAUGAACCCGGCCAUUGCAGGUAUCGUCUUUGACCAAUUCAGAAAUAUCCUUCACGAGGCGGAUAUCGAUAAGCGGGUGCAAUUCAUGAUUGAGGUUUUAUUCCAAGUGCGAAAGGACAAGUUCAAGGACAACCCUGCGAUCAAAGAGGAGCUAGACUUAAUCGAGGAGGAAGACCAAAUUACACAUAAGAUCGACCUAGGCGCGGACCUGGACGUCCAAGAUGGGCUCAACAUCUUCAAAUUUGAUCCGGAAUGGGAGGAAAAUGAAGCAGCUUAUAAGAGGCUACGAGCUGAGAUCCUUGGGGAGGGAAGCGACGACGAAGAAGAUGAUGAAGAGGAUGAGAGCUCCGAGGAAGAAGACGAGGAGCAAAAAGCCAUGGAGAUCAAGGAUCAGUCUAACACUGAUCUUGUUAAUCUCCGUAAAACCAUCUACCUUACUAUUAUGAGCAGCAUGGACCCCGAAGAAUGCGUCCAUAAGCUUAUGAAGAUUAACCUACCAACUGGUCAGGAGCCAGAGCUACCUUCUAUGGUGGUGGAAUGCUGUAGUCAGGAAAAGACGUAUUCAAAGUUUUUCGGCUUGAUUGGGGAGAGGUUUGCCAAGAUCAACCGUCUAUGGUGCGACCUUUUCACUCAGAGCUUUGAAAAAUAUUAUGAAACAAUUCACCGGUACGAGACAAAUCGGCUACGAAAUAUUGCAAGAUUCUUUGGUCAUAUGUUUGGUUCGGACGCCAUCGGAUGGCACGCCAUGUCUGUCAUACAUCUAAACGAAGAGGAGACGACCUCUGCUAGCAGAAUUUUCAUCAAGAUCCUAUUCCAAGAAAUCUCAGAAGAGCUCGGUAUGACGAAGUUACAGGCACGAAUGCGAGAGGAUAUGUUGCAAGAAAGCUUUAUGGGCCUGUUCCCACGCGACAACCCCCGUAACGUACGAUUCUCGAUCAACUACUUUACUAGUAUCGGUAUGGGCGCCUUGACAGAGGAGAUGAGAGAGUACUUGGCCAAUAUGCCGAAGCCAACUCUCCCCGCACCUCCUGCCGCCGAUGAUUCCGACUCAGAUUCCGUGUCUAGUUAUUCAUCAUAUACUGGUUCCUCCUAUUCGUCUAGGUCUAGAUCUCGUACACCGCCACGAAGGGCUCUUGAUAGAGGCCGAUCGAUAUCUAAAACACCGCCCAGACGAGCCAGAUCGGCAUCAUAUAGCAGGAGUAGGAGCCCAUCCCGCUCACGAUCGUAUUCGUAUAGUUCGUCUCGGAGCCCGUCUCCGCAGCGGACCAACAAGAGAUAUUCUGCCUCCCCCAGCCCGCCCCGUGGUCGUCGUGACUCCAAUUAUUCGCGGUACAGAUCGGUAACCCCACCGCCGGCACGGGGAGCUGGUGGCGCCGACGUGCGCCCUCUAAGCUGGCUGUUUGGUCUUCGUGAAGUCCCGCAGCAAUCAGGCUCUUCCAUAUUCCAAGGGGCGGGUCCGGCAUCUCAACCGUUGCCUCCUAGUAAAGACCCGUGGUACAAGGCCCCGAACGGGUUUGAAACCAAAGAUCCCGGUACUAUCCUCAGGAUACGUCCUGCACCAGGUAUUCUUACUUUUAUUGGUAACAGCUCGGCUUCGUAUAAUAUACUCUACCGCACUACUGAUUCACGCUACCGGCCUUCUUGGGCCGUUACUACGUUACUCGUUCCUAAAUCUUUCUAUGUCUCCCCUUCGGGAAAGACGGCUAUGCUGUCUUACCAAUUCGCCUACAAUACGGUCCAUCUUGACUCCAGCCCGUCAUACACCUUGAACCAGGAACAGUUGCAGUCAAAUGUUGAUCUCGGCAUUCAGUCGAAUACCUCGCUGCUUACCGAAUUGCUUGGGCAAGGCUGGAUUAUCAAUACUCCCGAUUUCGAAGGCCCCAACGCGGCCUUCGGUGCCAGUGUCCUGGCUGGACACGCUACACUUGACUCAAUUCGUGCGGUUCUCAACUUGGCGCGGUUGACUGGUGAUGCCAGCAUCACUACCACUAUGUGGGGCUACAGCGGCGGCAGUAUCGCCACCGAGGCCGCCGCAGAACUUCAGGUUCAAUACGCCCCCGAGCUCGAUAUCUCCGGGGUAGUGGUAGGAGGCCUAGUAGACCCUCUCUUAGAUAGCAUAGACAUGAUAAACAAGAGCCCUAUCGCUGUUUCCCUAGUAGCCGCCCUGCUCGGGACCACGUCGCAAUAUCCCGAAGCCGCGGCGUACGUCCGCAGCCGGCUCCGUCCGGAGACUGCAGACGAGUUCCUCAGCGCCAAGGACAUUGAUUUUAGCACUUCAUUACGGGCUUUUGCGAUGAAGGAUAUUUAUGGCUAUUUCAUAGGCGGGGCCGCGGAUCUGAAAGACCCGGUGUUGCGCAAGGUGUUUAAUGUGGAGGGCAGACGCGGGUUUCGUGGGGUGCCGGCUAUGCCUAUGUUUAUAUACAAAGCUAUCGGGGAUGAAUUUUGCCCGAUAGAUAUGACAGAUCAGCUGGUGGAGAGGUUCUGCGGUAGGGGGGCGGAUAUCACGUAUGAGAGGAAUACUGUGGGCGGACAUGUGUCCGAGAUCGCGAACGGGAAAGGUAGAGCGGUUAAGUGGCUUUGGAGUAUUUUUAAUGAAUCUUACGCCCCGGCUGCGGAAGGGGGUGUAAUCCGAGAUGUUGCAGUAGACAUAUCUUCCCUAGAUACGUAG